ACAUAAUUUGUCAAUGUCAUGUUUGAUGUUUGUUCGAAGAAUCCUAUUUUUGUAACUAAAUAAUACACUUAUAAUAUUUGGAAUUUUGGAUCAAUAUAGAGACUCAAAUCUUUGCAUCAACAAUGAACAAAAACUACGAAAGAUGUACUCAUUGUAAUCGACGUAAAUGGCUUGCUUCAGGUUGCCUACGUAAGUGGUUAAAACCACUAGAAUGUAAACAUUUACAGCGAACUGUUGACAACAAAAGAGAUUUUAAUAAUACAGUACCAGAGCGCAUACCUUCAAUGAACACAAAUAAAUUUGUAAAGUUUUGGAAAAAUAAGUUGUUUAUAACUGGCAAUGUUAGAUCACUACAGAGAUACUUCGGUAACAAAAACAAUGGUGGCGAACAUCUAUGCAGUCUAAGCAAAUGUAGCGGUGAACCAUCAACUUCGUCCGACAAGAGGGUUACUGCUGCAACGGGACACGAGUCCAAAAAGGAUUUUCCACUGAACAGACAAGCAGUAAAAUGUCAACAUUCAGAUGGUCACUCUGUACUUCGCGGACACCACCAACAUGUCUCACUUGAAACUUGUGCAAUUUACUGCCAGUUGUCAAAGCAUGGAUGGUACUGGGGAGGCAUCACCUCAAGUGAGGCAGAGGAACUGCUUGCAGGGCAGCAUGACAAUGUGUUCUUAGUGCGAGACUCAUGUGACUCCAGACAUAUUCUCUGUGUGUCCUUCCGCUGUGUGGGCCGUACACUGCAUGCUCGACUCAGGCACGCCAAUGGACUGUUUUCUCUGAACAAUGAAACAUUUGUACCAGCUAACAGAAUAUCAGAACAUUGUGCUGCUGUUGAUGUGAAAUCAAACCUUUUCGAGAUGCCUGUUAAAUUAGCAAGGCCACUAAAUAGGUUUGCCAAGCUGGACUCUUUACAAAUGAUCUGCAGAUUUGUCAUAAGACAAACUGUAUCAGCAACAGUAUGGAGCAAGUUGCCACUACCACCAAACUUAAUAUCUUAUGUAACUAUUGGCAGUGACUAUAUUGUACCAACAUAGCCAAUACCUUUGUGCCUUUAGUACUCAUAGAUCUAUAUAUAAUUUAAGUAUAUACACAUAUGACUUUCAUAAGAGACUGCUUAUAUAGCUAUAUGAAUAAUGAAUUAUUAAUUGUAAAUUUUAUACUAAAGUCAAUAUUUUAUUAGGAAAUAAUGAAAAUAAAAUUACUUAUAACAUUCAUUUGAAAUUUAAACUA